AUGCGGCGCAUCGUGCGCAGGUCGUUGCCGAACGAGUUGCCCCACGGGAAGAAGCUGUGGCGGUUGUACGGCGUGAGGAUCGACAUGGCGCGGGCGUCGGGGGUGUGA